AUGGAGAUAACAAAUGGAAAUGGAGAAAAUCCCCGCGAAAACCCAUCGAAACGGGCUCGGGGUUCAUUGCCGCCUGUUCAUUGGCUCCCCUCGACCAGACCGCCUGCUGGCGUCAUCACCGCCUGUCCGGCCGUUGCGCCCAUUGUCUCUCAUUCAUUUAUUAGUCGGGCAGGCUCGCUCUUCGCCGUCUACCCUGUCGUUGACUCUGUCCCUCAAGUCCUGCCAGGUGCUUCACUGCGGACUGCCUUUCCAAUGACAACUCUGGUCCCCCGUGAGCCUUACUCCCAGGAGGAGCUGGACCGGCUCUAUCCUCGGGACUUGAAACUCCAAUUGGUGCAAGUUUUCUCCGCCAUGGAGAACGUACGCCCGUCUCUUCGCGUUUUCAGAAUGCAGGACUCGCUCCAUGACUGGCCGUACUGCAAUGUUGCUCGACAGAUGAUUCAAAUGGCCGCCAGUAACAAAGACAUUACAUCGUGGAACGGGUUCCAAUGGCGGAGAAAGACCGAGGCUUUUGGCGACAAGGACCAGUCCGUGGUUGCAGUCGGAGCAACCGGUGACAUAGAAGGCAUCUGCCAACACGGUGAGCUGACAGACAAAGGACGGGAGACCACCUUUGCCCUAGGCCAGCGUCUGCGGCACUUGUAUGUCGACCAGCUCGGUUUCAUGCCCAAGAUUAAGUCCGACACCGAGGAUAUGUAUCUUCGUGCCACCCCCAUCCCCCGUGCCCUCGAGUCCCUUCAACAAGCUUUCUGGGGCAUGUAUCCCGCCAGCGCCCGCACCCAGGACUUUCCACCCCCGGUGAUCGUUGCACGCGCUGUAUCAGAGGAGACACUCUUCCCGAAUGAAGGAAACUGCCGCCGCUUCAGGCAACUUGCUAGACUCUUUGCAAACAAAGCAGCACUCAAAUGGAACACCUCCGAUGAGAUGGACUACAUCAACAAACGUAUCUCAAAAUGGAUGCCCGAAAACUCCCCCCGAGUCGCAGUAGACGGCCACCCUCAACUGUGCGGAAUCAACGACACCAUCAACGCCACCGACGCCCACGGCCCCGCAACCAAGCUCCCCUCCGAAUUCUACGACCGCAAACUCAGAGACUACAUCGACCAGAUCUCCGUCGACGAAUGGUUCACCGGCUACACCGAGAGCAAUGAAUACCGCAAACUCGGUAUCGGCGCUCUCCUCGGCGACGUUGUCGACCGCAUGGUCAGCACCGCCGUUGACGGCGGCUGGCGCAGCGAGUCCUCUGCCUCGGGCUCCUCCCCAACCAACGGCAAAGCCAUCAAAUUCGCCAUGAGCGGCUGCCACGACACCACCCUCGCUGCCAUCCUCACCAGCACGGGCGCCUUCGACGGGAAAUGGCCUCCUUUCACCUCCUCCGUAGCCAUCGAGCUCUUCUCCAAAGCCGACCAAGACCAAGCACAAGCAGCACCCACCGCUGGUGACGCAGCUCAGAAGAAGGGCAUCUUCUCCUUCCUAACUGGCUCCUCUUCUUCCAGCACCAGCACCACUACCCCUCCUCAACCCUCCGAAACAGCCCGUGUCCCUCUGUCCUCUCUUCCAGAAUCAUCCAAAGAAUCCCUCCGCUCCCACUACGUCCGCAUCAGAUACAAUGACAGUCCUGUCCGGAUCCCCGGCUGCGCUGCUAAGGCUGAGAAUCAUCUCCCUGGCGACGAGAGCUUCUGUACGCUGGAAGCGUUCAAAGAGAUCGUGGACAAGUUCACGCCCCAGGACUGGAGGUCCGAGUGCCUGCAGAAUCUGGGUGAGGGGUUGUAUGGUAAGAAUGAUGCGGAGAAGUCGAUUGCUGGGUUCUAG